AUGUCCGCAUCGAGAUUGCGCUCGAUGCAGAGGCUCUCUCGCCAAUUGGCCCUUUCGCAGAGGGCUUUCGCGACCACAGCUCGUCAAUUGGAAGCCGGCCCCGCCGUGCCCGCUAAGAAGGCCGAGACAGCCCCCCAGGUCACCGAGGGCCCAGCGCCCACCGAAGUGAAGCAGGCCCCGAACCGCGCCGACAUCUGGGCGCCGAGCCAGCGGCCACGGUCCAAGGCGAUGACAGGGCCGAGGUUUGAGCAGACAAACUACGAUCUUCAGCCGCAACCAUAUGCAGCGAUAGAGCUCAUCCACCAGCAGCCCGUCCGGUGGACUCACGAGCGGGUGGUGGUGUGUGAAGGUGGUGGUGGACCUGCCGGCCACCCCAAGAUCUACAUCAACACCGACAAGCCCGAGAUCAGCACCUGCAACUACUGCGGGCUCCCUUUUGCCAAUGAGCACCACCGAAAACACCUCGAGUCGAUGCCCGUGACAUCGUAUCCUCUCUAA